AUGGCCUCAAGAGAUUUACCACAUAGUUUCAGAGAAGCUUUUUUUGGAUGGGCUGAGAGGAUUCCCCUGGAAAUAACCAUAUUCAAAUCCAAGCAGCAGUUACUUGAUGAGGAUGCACACAACCCUCAAUUCCAUGCCAAGCAAGAUAGUUCCAACUUAUCUGACAAAACUUCAUCCUCAGACCUUCAAGCGGGCGAGUCGGAUUACGAAGCACCUCCUAGCAAAGUCCAUGUCAAUAACUUGUGGCCAGCUUUUGCUUCUGGUGCUGGUUUGUUUUCAGAUGGUUAUGUCAACAACUCCAUUUCUGUUGUCUUGUCUUGUUUGAAGAUGAUUUACGGUGAUGAGUUUAGCAAAAGUAAUGCCAUUUCAAAUAUCAGUUCUAUUGCGUUUGUAGGUACCGUGGUGGGACAGUUAGGAUUUGGGUAUAUUUCCGAUAGGGUUGCCAGACGAGGUGGUAUGAUGGCAGCUAAUGUAAUGUUGAUUGUGUUUACUUUGUUGUGCGCAGUUGGAUCUUGGGGUACGACUACUCAAGGGUUCUUUGCCUGUUUGACUGUAUGGAGGUUCUUUUUGGGUGUUGGUAUUGGUGCCGAAUACCCAACGAGUUCGGUGAUUGCUUCGGAGUUUGCUAACCAAUUGCCGGCUGGUAAGAGAAAUAGAUACUUUUCUUGGUUCACCAAUGCCAUGAUUGAUGCCGGUUUUGUUGUUGCUGCUUUUGUUCCGUUCGUUUUGAUUUGGAUUUUUACUGAGCGUCACUUGCGUGCAUUGUGGAGAGUUGCCAUUGGGUUGGGUGUUGUGCCUCCAUUGAUUUUAUUCUUUAUUCGUUUGAAGAUGAAGGAUUCGGAAACAUUUGAAAAGUUGAACAUGAAGCACGUGAGGUAUAGAGAUUACCCAUGGUGGUUGAUAAUCAAGUUUUACUGGUACAGAUUGACUAUUGUGUCUUUGAUUUGGUUCAUUUACGAUUUUUCUACGUAUUCAUUUGGUAACUUCAACACAAUCAUCAUUGGAGAGCUUAUUCCAGAUGCACCACUUUGGAAACAAUGGGGAUGGUCAGUUGUGUUUAACUUGUUCUACAUUCCUGGAGCUUUCUUAGGUGCAUUGUCGGGAGACUACUUUGGGCCUAGGUUGACUUUGGCUUUCGGUGUGGCUUGUCAAGGUGUUAUUGGAUUUGCCAUGUCUGCACGUUUGGAACAAUUGAAGCAGCACAUUGCUGGUUUUGUUGUUGUUUUUGGUAUCUUUACCACUUUUGGAGAAUUUGGGCCUGGUGACAACAUUGGUUUAUUGGCAUCCAAGACCAGUGCUACUGCUAUCAGAGGACAAUAUUAUGGUAUUGCCGCUGCUAUUGGAAAGAUUGGAGCUUUUGUUGGUUCAUGGGUAUUUCCAGCUGUGCAAAAGCAUUACGAAGGACAGGGAAACUUGAAUUUGCAAGUUCCAUUUUACGUGUCUUCCUCAUUGUGUUUGUUGAGUGCAUGUUUGGCUAUCUUUUGUUUGCCACAUGUCGGUCAAGAUGCUAUUAAUAGGGAGGAUGCUGAUUUCGUUGCGUACUUGAAAUCCAAAGGAUUUGAUAUUGCAGCAUUGGGAGAACCUGGUAUUGUUACCGAAAUGAUUGCCGAAGAGCACAAUAGAAAUCCAAAUGCAUUGAGUGAGCACGAUGGAGCUGUUGGUGGACAUGCUGCUGGAGCAGCCGAGUUUACUGGCCUGGAAAUUUUAGCGUACGAUUCUUUAGGAGAAGCCAAAGAUGAAUCAGACGUUCGUCAAAAGAGGGUCAAGAAUUGA